AUGAUUUUUGGUUUUACCAUAAGGAAUGCAUUUUUCUCUGAAAAACAAUUUGGGAUCUUGGUCAACUCCAUCCUUCUUCUCUUCCACAUCUCCAUAUUCCUCCUCCAGCACAGGCUCAAGACCACUAACCUGAUCAUAGGUCUCUUGGCCCUAAUCCACAUAGGGAUGAUGAUAAUUUUAGGGUACAUAGCUGCAAGUGUCUUUGUGUCUCAGGAUUUGGGGGAUUACAUCAAAUGUCAAUCAGUUAUCUACUUGCACAGGUUUCUGAUGGACUUCUCCAUUUGUGCCACCUGCCUGCUGAGUGUCCUUCAGGCCAUCAUCCUCAGCCCCAGAAGCUCCUGCUUGGCCAAGUUCAAACAUAAAUCCCCACAGCAGACCCUGUGUGUCCUUGUUUUCCUGGGGUCGCGACACUUGAGUGCUCACUUCUCAUUGUCUUCUACUGCCAUUCCCAAUGUGACCUCACAUGGCCAUGUAUUUAUUACUCAAUCUUGCACAAUUUUACCCAUGAGUUACUUCAUCAGGCAUUUAUUUUCCGUAUUAGGUGUAUUCCGGGAUGUCUUUCUUAUAGGACCCAUGGCCCUCUCAAGUUCAUACAUGUUGGCUCUCUUGUGUAAACACCAGAGGCACUUCCAGCACCUUCAAAGCACCAGCCUUUCUCCAAAAGCAUCCCCUGUACAGAGGGCCACCUGGACCGUCCUGUUACUCAUGAGUUUCUUUGUGCUCAUGUACUGUUUGGACAGCAUCUUCUCCUCCUCAAGAUCUAUGUGGAAAGAUGACCAUCUUUGCUUUUAUGUCCAGAUGGUGGUGGCCAAUGGCUAUGCCACAGCCAGUCCUUUGAUGCUAAUCUGCACUGAAAAAUGA